GCGUUCAGCAAUGGGUAAGCGGUGGGGUCGUUCCACACCGGCGUCCAGCAAUGGGUAAGCGGUGGCGUCGGUCGACACAGGGAGCGCUCGUCCCCCUGGAAGGAAACCUAGGCUCUAACGCGGUCCCUCUGAGGACCCUGCUAAGCGAAACGCGCCGGCCACAGAGGGACUGUCCCGCAGGAGAGGCCGGGACCAGAAGUAACAGCCUGGCCGAACCUGAACGCACUGCACGCCGCUUGAACCGCACACGCAGGAACGGCGCCGACGGAAAAAUUUAUUUCCGGUUCUGCCACCAAAAACAUAUCAUUUAAACAAAUCCGCCGCGGUUUCCCAGCUCCCGUGACCCAGGGCCCCAAGUUCUCCUCCGCGUCUCCGCCCCUCACCCAGCCUCGGGCCUGGGCAGGCGCUUCCGGUGCGGAACCUUCUGGAAAGCACCGCGCCGCCCUCCCAGCGUUCCCACAGCCCCGCGCGCACCUGCGCGAACCGGAGUUCGCGAGCACCAGUGACGGGACGGAAGAGUUACGGGGCGGGCGGCUCCGCGAAAGCACCCCUUAGCUGAAGGUUGCCCCGCCGCGCCCCAGGAGGCGGGACUUCCGCCCCCGCCUCCCGGAAGCGGCUGCCCGGGGAAGUGUGUCCCUCGCGGAGCGCCGUCCGGGCCUUGGGCACCUGCGCGGGCCGGCGCGGGAGCGGGCGGCAUGGCGUUCCGGCAGGCGCUGCAGCUGGCGGCCUGCGGGCUGGCCGGGGGCUCGGCCGCCGUGCUCUUCUCGGCCGUGGCUGUAGGGAAGCCGCGCGCGGGCGGGGACGCGGAGCCACGCCCAGCCGAGCCGCCGGCCUGGGCGGGGGGCGCGCGGCCGGGCCCCGGCGUCUGGGACCCCAACUGGGACAGGCGAGAACCGCUGUCUCUGAUCAACCUGCGGAAGAGGAAUGUGGAAUCUGGGGAAGAAGAGCUGGCGUCCAAGCUGGACCACUACAAAGCCAAGGCCACACGGCACAUCUUCCUCAUCAGGCACUCCCAGUACCAUGUGGAUGGCUCCCUGGAGAAGGACCGCACUCUGACCCCGCUGGGUCGGGAGCAGGCUGAACUCACGGGGCUCCGCCUCGCAAGCUUGGGGUUGAAGUUUAAUAAAAUCGUCCACUCCUCUAUGACCCGCGCCAUAGAGACCACUGAUAUCAUCAGCCGGCACCUGCCAGGCGUCUGCAAAGUCAGCACAGACCUGCUGCGGGAAGGCGCCCCCAUCGAGCCAGACCCGCCUGUGUCUCACUGGAAGCCAGAAGCUGUGUAUUACGAAGACGGAGCCCGGAUCGAGGCCGCCUUCCGGAACUACAUCCACCGCGCAGAUGCCAGGCAGGAGGAGGACAGUUACGAGAUCUUCAUUUGUCACGCCAACGUCAUCCGCUACAUCGUGUGCAGAGCGCUGCAGUUCCCUCCCGAAGGCUGGCUCCGGCUGUCCCUUAACAACGGCAGCAUCACCCACCUGGUGAUCCGACCCAAUGGCCGAGUUGCGCUCAGGACCCUCGGGGACACGGGGUUCAUGCCUCCCGACAAGAUCACCCGGUCGUGAGGGCACCGCAGGGCUCCGGCCUCUCCUUCCCUCUGUCCUCCCUGCACAGGCCGCACGCACUUACGUUUUGUUCCCGAGGAGACAGGUGGAAAAGUAGAAACUACGAUGCUGCAUCUGGGGAGUGACUUGUGGCCAGGCUGCGAAGGGGAGAGUUGGGAUCAGACAGCCUGAUUUCUCUGCAGGGUUUCAUACCUGACCAGGAACCCCCAGGAUGGCAUGGGGUUUAAGGCGAAGACCUCAUGCAGAAGUCAGGCCUGUUGUGGGGACCUGAACGAGGCCUGACCCAGACCACCACGUUCGCAGCCGCAGCUGACCUGUACCAAGGGUCCAUGCUCCGUUGGCAAAGCCAGUCAGGCACGAGGGUGACUGAGGCACAUGGAUGAGGAGGGCACCCAGGUUCUGUUCACAACUCACUUCACCUCAUACAUCCUUUUAACUUCUUAAAACCCUCUUGUCAUUUAAAUAUUUGUCGAUUAAAGAUUUUCUGGAUGGGCA